GCCCUGGGCCACCGCCCGCGCCCUGCGUGCCAGCUCUCCCUGCCGCUGCGCUCCGGGCCCCGACGCGUCCUCGCCUCGAAGCCGACAUGAAGACGAGCCGGGGCGACGGCGGGGGCGCCCCCUUCUGCACCCGCCUCAACCACUCGGACCCGGGCAUGUGGGCGCCCGAGCGCUCCGCCGAGGCGCGGAGCAACCUGAGCCGCGCGCCGGGGCCGGGCGAGGACUGCGGGUCGGUGUCGGUGGCCUUCCCCAUCACCAUGAUGCUCACGGGCUUCGUGGGCAACGCGCUGGCCAUGCUGCUCGUGUCGCGGAGCUACCGGCGCCGGGAGAGCAAGCGCAAGAAGUCCUUCCUGCUGUGCAUCGGCUGGCUGGCGCUCACCGACCUGGUCGGGCAGCUGCUCACCAGCCCGGUGGUCAUCGUCGUGUACCUGUCGCAGCAGCGCUGGGAGCAGCACGACCCGUCGGGCCGGCUGUGCACCUUCUUCGGCCUCACCAUGACGGUCUUCGGGCUGUCCUCGCUGCUCAUCGCCAGCGCCAUGGCCGUCGAGCGCGCGCUGGCCAUCCGCGCGCCGCACUGGUACGCGAGCCACAUGAAGACGCGCGCCACGCGCGCCGUGCUGCUCGGCGUGUGGCUGGCCGUGCUCGCCUUCGCCCUGCUGCCGGUGCUGGGCGUGGGCCAGUACACGGUGCAGUGGCCCGGGACCUGGUGCUUCAUCAGCACCGCGCGGGGGGGCAACGGGACCAGCUCCGCGCACAACUGGGGCAACCUCUUCUUCGCCUCCACCUUCGCCUUCCUGGGGCUCCUGGCGCUGGCCGUGACCUUCGCCUGCAACCUGGCCACCAUCAAGGCCCUGGUGUCCCGCUGCCGGGCCAAGGCUGCGGCGGCGCAGUCCAGCGCCCAGUGGGGCCGCAUCACCACCGAGACGGCCCUGCAGCUCAUGGGCAUCAUGUGCGUGCUGUCGGUGUGCUGGUCGCCGCUCUUGAUAAUGAUGUUGAGAAUGAUCUUCAAUCAGACAUCAGUUGAGCACUGCAAGACGCAGACGGAAAAGCAGAAAGAAUGCCAUUUCUUCUUGAUAGCUGUGCGUUUGGCUUCCCUGAACCAGAUCUUGGAUCCCUGGGUUUAUCUGCUGCUAAGAAAGAUCCUUCUUCGAAAGUUUUGCCAGAUCAGGUUCCACACAAACAACUAUGCAUCCAGCUCCACGUCCCUGCCCCACCAGUGUUCCUCAACCUUGAUGUGGAGCGACCGCCUGGAAAGAUAAUGCAAGAAUGGAGCUGGACUUUUUGCACAACCCCUGCCUCCCUGAGUUGUGUAUUUCUUCCCACAUCAGAAGGAGAAUUUUAUGUUUUCAUUUGGAGCAUAUCUUUAUUUUUGUCUCAUUUUUUUUUUUUAAUUUU